AUGAAAUUGAAAACCUAAACCAAUCUUUUUCUGGUUUCUGCGUUUGGCUUUGAAUUAAUUAUCCCUUCUUUGUCAAUUCAGUUUCAGGAGUAGAUUGAAGAAACUAUGGCAAAUCAGCGGGAUUACAUUAGGAGACCUAUUUGCAAUGGAAUUUCUGUUCCUGAAAACAAAAUCAAUUCCUUAGUGGCUGAAGGUCAUGGACAACAAAUUUUAAAAGUACUACAAAAGUUCAGAGAACAAAAUAUAUUUUUUGACUUUAAAAUUCUUGUGAAAGAUGAAAUCAUUCCUUGUCAUCGUUGUGUACUGGCAGCAUGCAGUGAUUUUUUCAGAGCCAUGUUUGAAGUUAAUAUGAAAGAACGAGAUGAUGGCAAUGUUACUAUUAGUAAUCUGUCACCCAAGGCUGUGAAAGCAUUUCUUGAUUAUGCUUAUACAGGAAAAACAGAAAUAACAAAUGAUAACGUGGAAAUGCUCUUCCAACUGUCAUCAUUUCUUCAAGUUUCACUCCUUUCCAAAGCUUGCAGUGACUUUCUAAUAAAAAGUAUUGAUCUUGUGAAUUGCUUACAGUUGCUUUCUCUAUCAGAAAGUUAUGGUUCUGUCCGUUUAUUUGAUCAUGCACUAGAUUUUGUACAGCACCACUUCUCCUUGCUCCUCAAAUCAAGUGAUUUUUUGGAGAUGAAUUUUGAGAUACUACAAAAAUGUCUUGAGGCUGAUGAACUAAAUGUCCCUGAGGAAGAAUCAGUGUUGAAAGCUGUUCUUCAGUGGACCAAACAUAACUUAGAAACACGACAGAAAUACCUGCCUAAUUUGAUGAAAAAAGUGAGACUGCACCAGUUACCUGAAAAGACUUUGCAGGAAUUUCUACAUUCUGAAGAACACUUACUUAAGACUGCUGAUUGCUCAGUAAUAAUCGAUGAUGCAGUUAAAAGUGUGCAAAACUUUAGUGGGCUGUUUCCAGACGCACGUCCUUCAACAACAGAAAAAUAUAUAUUCGUUCAUAAAACUGAUGAAGAUGGAGAAAACAAACAUACAUUCUGCUACAACAUCAAAACAGAUACAUGGAAAGAACUACCACACACACACAUGAUUGAUCUCCCAGGGUCAAGUUUAUCUAGCUAUGGAGAAAAAAUAUUUAUAACUGGAGGAUGCAAAGGGAAUUGUUAUAGGACUGUCAGGCUUCAUAUUGCUGAACCAUUUCAUGAUGCCACUGACCAAACCUGGUGCUACUGUCCAGUCAGCAAUGAAUUCUCCAUAGUGUCAGCUAUGAAAAAACCAAGGACAAUGCACACAUCUGUUGUAACCCUAAACCAGCUGUUUGUAAUAGGUGGAAAGACCAAAGGAGCUCAAGAAACCCGAAGUCUUUUGGACGUAGAAUCCUAUAAUCCUCUUUCCAAAGACUGGAAGUCUGUUAGCCAAUUACCAAGAGGUAUCUACUAUCCAGAAGCAAGUGCAUGUCAGAAUAUAAUUUACGUCCUUGGCUCAGAAGUAGAGAUUACUGAUGCCUUUAAUCCAUCUCUUGACUGUUUCUUUAAGUACAAUGCUAUGACUGAUCAGUGGUCUGAGCUUGUAGCAGAAUUUGGGCAAUUUUUCCAUGCAACUCUAAUAAAAGCUGUUCCAGUGAACUGUACAUUGUACAUAUGUGACCUCUCCACCUACAAGGUCUACAGUUUUUGCCCAGAAACUUGUGUUUGGAAAGGGGAAGGAUCUUUUGAAUGUGCUGGCUUUAAUGCAGGGGCAGUUGGGACAGAAGACAAAAUUUAUAUAUUAGGUGGUGAUUAUGCUCCAGAAGAAAUCACAGAUGAAGUUCAAGUCUACCAUAGCAGUAGGUCUGAGUGGGAGGAAGUUUCACCAAUGCCAAGAGCCUUAACUGAAUUUUAUUGUCAGGUCAUUCAGUUCAAUAAAUAUAGGGACCCUUGGUCAUCUGUACUUACAAUUUGCUCUGGAGAGUUUUGAAACUCCUGAGUCAAAAGAAUUUAUUUAAAUGCACAAGCUUUAGAACAGCUUUUUAGGUUAAUUAAUUAAUUUACAGAUGGAAAAAUAUGUACUGCUUUGAAUAAAUCUUCAAUUUAAGGUGUAUGCUAUAUAGAAUUGCUUUUGGAAGACUCCAUUAAAUUGUCAUCCACGCUAGUCAUCAUAUAGAAAGGAUUACUUAAUUUUAUAUGCAAGUCUUCUCUGUAAUUAUCUGAAUAAUUUGCAAAAUGAUACUAC